UUUGGUCAAUUGACUUAGUUGUGAUUUCCCUCUCUGCAUGAAAGUUUAAAAGUAGACUAUAUUAAUGCAGUAUGAAGAAUAAUGUUUUAAUGUAGACACAUAGAAUCAUCGUACUGCUGUGAUUAUAUGCAUCAAGUGUUCAUUCAAGUCCAAGGCAAAAUAUUGAGAUAUAUAUUGUGUAUCGCGAUAUGGCCUAAAAAUAUCAAGAUAUUAAAAAAAAGGCCAUAUUGCCCAGCCCUACAUGACACCAUUGCAAAUCCAAGGUUCAUUUAAAUAUAAAAAUAAAUGCUAAUGAUUCAGCCAUUUUUGCACACAAUAUACUGUACCGGUAAUUACCAUUACAGUAAAUUGUUAGAGGUAUUUAUUUACCUGCUGCUCCUAUAUUGCUGUAAGUGUGUAUGUGUGUUACAAACACUUGAAAAUACCAUUGCAUGAACAAAACAGGAUGUUAUAAGGGAGACUGCUAAGAUAUUGAUGUUUACAUCCGCGGAAACACACACACAUACACACACACUGAAGUGACUUCUGAUUGGCCGAUGAGUGAAGACAGUAUGAGACCUCACAAAGCUGCUCCUUCAUCAUUAAGACAACAAAAUGACGCUCCGCGUGGUCACUUGUCUCCUCCUGUGGACAUUUGCUCAUACAAAAGAACAGAGGUCGUCGUCGUACAUGCACCACCUGCCGGUUCAAGCAGGCCAAAACGUGACUUUGGAGUGUUUAAACACGGGACUCGACAUCAGCAUUUUCUAUUGGUACAAGCAAACACCUGGGAAGAAACCCAAUCUGCUGGCCAGCUCCUACACCCAAGGCGAUAGGGGCAAACUUCAUGGCCAACCGGAGGAGCACUCCCGCCUUACCCUGACUGUUCUCUCCGACAGGAGCUGCUUGAACAUCUCACAGGCCCAAAUGUCAGACUCUGGGACCUACUUCUGCAUAUUUUAUUACAUUUCCAUCUGUAAAUUCCACGAGAGUAUUUUAGUGGAGGUGAGAGCCUCCGCUUGGGACAUCCCAGCAUCAGUAAAGCAGCCAGCAUCCAAGAGCAUCCUCCAUGGAGGUAAUUUGACUCUGAGCUGCACCGUCCAAACCAAGUCGUCCUGUGACAAGGAUCAACACCAGGUUUACUGGCUUCGGAACGAGCCCGGAUCUGGCCCAGGGAUCAUUCACGCUUCAGAAGGGAGGAGGUCCAACGGCACCUGCUUUUACGAGGUACCAAUGAGCGGACUGAACAACGCAGACGUGGGGACUUACUACUGUGCCGUGGCCAUGUGUGGACACAUCCUGUUCGGGAAGGGCACCACCGUGACCUUUGAACGUGACACGUUGCUGGUCUACAUCUUAAGUGCAGCUUUGGCCUUCUCCGUCUUGGUGAAUGUCAUCUUGGCCUGUAACAUAAAGAAGAAGACACAGGAUCAGGCAGACCCACGACAACCAUUACAUGCUACCUCGGCUCCAGAGGAGGGUGAUGAAGACACAAAUCUCCAAUACACUGAGUUAAAAGUCAAAAAGGUAAGAAGGAUAACCAGACAGAGGAACGACGUCCACGCUGAGUGUGUGUACUCCAUUAUCAUGCAGUAGGCUUGUUGCUUUGUGUAACAUUAAUGUCAAAUAAGAUUGUGUGAGGUUGUGUAAUAAAUUCAUAGUCUUUGACAGAAAAUGUGUUGCUUGUGCACUACCAAGACAUACUGUGGGUUUUCGAAUGUUUUCAUACA